UCUUCACUGGUUUGCUGUCCACUCAGUUAUUAAACCCGAGGCGACACGCUCACCAACCAGCAAUUAUCUCCUGAACGCCCGAAGGGAACUUCGUCCACCUGAGACGUUCUCCGGUCAAUCAGUUUUUUUUGUGUUUUUUUCUGUUACUCUGUCUCGAAAAAAAACAAAUUUCAGUUUUGUGAUUUUGUGCAAUUUUAACUGAAUUUAUUUAAUAAGACAUUUCUCUUCUCUAUUCGGUGUUUCGAGAAAAAUUUAUGUGAUUUUGUGCAAUUGACAUUGAGAUUCAUCGAAAAAAGUUCAAGUGCAAUUUUGAUUGUGAUUUCCAUUUGGGAGUACCUGAUUGUGAAGAAGUUACAUUAUGCAACAUCCACAGAUGUGGCCAGAAAUGUUUCAAAUAAACGGCACGCCGUUGAUUGCUCAUCACGGAGAGUACCAGAAUGCAGCGGUUCGCCGCCAGGAGUACAAUCCCUAUCUGAUGAAUCCAUAUUGGUAUCCAGAAAACCAACAAACACCGCCAACCUCAGCAUCGUACGGAAUACCGGUCUCGGCCUACAACUCCCCCAACAACACCCAGACAUACCUGAAUCAACCACCACCAUCGCCAUCUAAUGGAGCAUCACCCUGCCCAUCGCUCAUAUCACAACACUCUUAUCACUCUCAACCAAGUCCCAAUCAAUAUUCACCAAUUCAACAGCAACAUUCGCCAAGUGCCUCUCACUUAAUUCACAAUCAAUCCCACCACUUGUCAACACCACCAACAGCAAAUUUCAACCAAUCAACUCAUUUCCCCUCAAAUUCAACCCAAUUUUCACAUCAAUAUUUCCCCUCAAAUCACACCGCCUACAAUCCAACUCAACAACAUUUUGCACCAAAUUCCACAUUCAAUCCAUCCCACUUGCCGUCAAGUCGCAUUCCUGCCUAUCACACCUACAUAUCAACAAUGACAACAUCAUCCAAUGAGAUCCUGAUCGAAAAAUCCCAGCCAAAACCAAAAGGAACGAAUCGAAAGAGCAGCAGAUGCCAAUGUCCGAAUUGUCAAUUGGUGACCGGAUACAAAUUGGCAACAGAUGGUAAGAGAGGACACACGUGCUUCUAUCCGGGCUGUGAUAAACUCUACGGAAAGACGUCUCAUCUCAAGGCCCAUUUACGUGGUCACACUGGCGAGAAACCAUACAUUUGUGAAUACAUCUUUUGCGGCAAGAGUUUCACGAGAACUGAUGAACUCCAACGACACAGGAGAAUACACACUGGCGAGAAGAGAUUCACCUGUCCCACUUGUGAGAAGAGAUUUAUGCGCAGCGAUCAUUUAACAAAACACAUCAAAACACAUUUGAAGCAGACAAAAACAACAACGAAAAAGAAUAAGCAAAUCAGCAAUGAGAAUCAGGAAAAUGUGCCUCAAACAAGAAGAACAGUGACGCAUCCCGUAUCACAUCAAGUGCCACAGUAUAUUGAGAAUUUAAAUUACCUCGCUAUUUAGAAUUUUCAAUUAUUAGGAAAUUUUUAAUUUCAUCAAUUUUACUCAUCCCCCCACUGAUCUUUGUGACUGAAUACCCCUAAAGUUUCCAACGUUCAAAUUAACCAUUCCUUCUGUUCGAAUAUUUUCAAAAAUAGUAAUAAAUGACACAGUGUAAAUAAAAAAAACUUUAGGGACAUGUGACUAAAAAUAUGGCAAUAUUGAGCCAUACCUCAUUGUGAUUAAAUGCAAGAACAAUUUUGUUCCAAUACUAAAAUUAUCGGAAAAUGACAAAAAUCAUAUAUAUAGGAUUUUUCCGUCUUUUUACCAAACCUUGAUGAAAUAUUUUCCAUCAAGGUAAAAAAACGAGGCUGUUAAUAUAUAAGUUCCUUCGAAUUAUUAUUUAAGGUCAAAUGCAGGAGAUGUCUAUAUAUAUGUACAGAAUUCUACUUAAGUUAUUCGAAUCAUUAAAUUAUUACCCGUUAGAUUUUAUACUCGAUUUUUAUCUUCAUAACGAUGACUUUAAAACAAUAGAAACAAUCUAUUUUUAUAAAAAAAAAAAUUAAAAACCUGUACAAUAUUCUUCGUAUCCAAAUACCAAUCUAAUUAUAACGAAUAUUGCAAAUUUUAAAAAUAUUAUUAAUAAAUAAACAUUGUGCUUAUGUAUAAAUAAUAUUCCAAACAAGACUGUAUUCUAAAAUGUUUACUGUAAUAUAUUUUAUUUGGAAAUAGAGAAAAGUAGAGAUGGUACUGCGCAUGUACACUUUUUGUAUAUUUUACAAGCAUAAUAAUUAUGUAAAUAAU